AUCUGUUCAGGCCAGCAAUUCAUGUGCCUUUGAAUCAACAAAUGCAGUAGAGGAGACUUGCUCAGAUGGAGUUGAAGGGAAAAACCAACAGUCUCAUAAAACUGGAAACAGUCCCACCCUUUUCCCCUCAGAAGGGGAAAGAAAAACGUAUGAAUCUGAGCACGAACUUACAGAAGACAUGUCUUCAAAACAUAUGGUUGAGCAAGGUGUGGAUUUCAAUUCUGCCAGUGAAAAUGUGGUAUGUGAAGACAGUCAAAAAGACCCUCUUGACAACUGCAGUCGAGAGGAGGAGCCUAGCAGUUUUGCAUUCUUGGAAUCCUGCUUUGGCUUUAAAAACUCAGAACAUGACUCGAAGAUUAUCCCUCAGCAUGCAAACCUAAACCUGAAUGAAGAGACAGACAUUUCUGAGGGAAGAGAAGCUAACCAAGGCUCUCAAGGAAAUAGGCCAUGCAAUGCAGAAUCACCCAUUGUUGUGAAAUCUGGAUGUGAAUCAAUCUCUAGGGACCAAGAUAAAAAGGAAGCAGAUGGUGAAAAAACUCGUCUGCUCAGUGUGUUUUACAACAAGAUACCAUCCUCUUUGGUGCCUGAAAUGCAGAGUGAACAAAUCGGAUCCACUUCAGCUACAGAAGAGCAAAAUGGGGACACCACAAGCACUGAAACUCAAAAUGAGAGUGGCAUCACGCGCAAAUCUAUUACACCACUGUUAUCUUGCCAGAAGUUGCAGAAGAAACUGCAGCCUGUUGUGCUCCUGAAGACUAAGGAGCCAUGUACCAAGGAGAGAAUGUUUCAUUGUGCCAAGUGCAAAGAAACUGCACAAAGUUUAGAUCAGCUUAUUGAACACCACCAUGGUACUCACCCCAACACUGAUUUUCAGUACUGUCUCACCUGUGGAUUUUAUUUUACUAAUGAUUCUUUUGCUUGGCAACACCUCUGCAACCAGACUGAACAGAAUGGUUACCAUUUAUCCCGUCCUACACAGCUGCAUGCCAACAGUUCGUUAGAGAGGCCUAAUGCAAAGUAUAAAUGCGAGUAUUGUGGAAAGCCCUUCUUUAAACGGAUUAGGAAAGAGGAACAUGAGCACAGGCACAGAACAGUCACACCACAUAGAUGUGAUAAUUGCGGGUUGUAUUUUACUCAGUUUGGUACCUUAAAUAGACACAAAAAAAGAGUACAAUGCUUUCCCUUAAUAAUGGCUCCUAAUAAACAGAGUGAGGUAACAUCAAACACAAGUCUGCUAAAGGAAAGUGUAACACCUUUGGUUGACACAUCUCUUUCAAAACUCCUUGAUUGUUUUGUGAAACUUGUGGACUGCAUGAAAAAUCAGAUUCCUCUGCCAAUUACGUGUCAAGUUUGUGGAAGAAGCUUCAGACUCAGAGCACAGUUGAACACUCAUCUCAGAACACAUGCAAAUGAGAAGCCAUUUGAGUGUUCAGCAUGCUUAAAGGCUUUCAAAUAUCCAUGGAAUUUAAAGAGGCAUAAAAGGGAACAGUGUACAGGACAUAGCAUCUCACAAGAGGGUUCCUCGUUGAUGGAAAACAAAACACAAGGGCAGUUCAAAUGCCCAAUCUGUCCGCGCAUGUUCAAGCAAUCGUACACUCGUCUUAGGCACUUGCGUGAGCAGUGCCUCAAAGAGUAUACCCGCACAGGCAGUGGGAAGGUUAACAACCGAUACAAGUGUCCCUUGUGCAAUCAGACCUUUAGUUUGGCAAGUAACCGCAGUAGACAUAUCAGAAUAGUUUGUUUCAAGCAGUACAAACUCUUGGGGAAUUCACAGACAAAUAAGGAGGCCCAGGAAGACUUGGCAGAACUUGUAAACCUGCAACAACACGAACGCAGUCACAAGUCAGAAUUCCAGUGUCAGGUAUGCAACAGGGGCUUCGUGUCACUCUUCGCUUUGCUCGGGCAGAACAUCGGAAAAUCCACACUGAACCGGAAGAAGAACUCCCACCAUUGA